GUGACUCAUCCAAGGUCCAUCGGGGUCCUGGAAACUUUAGGGAACCGACUCAGAUCAGUCUCCUCCCAGCAUGAGGUUCUGUCAAGAAUCAACUCCGUCGUCCCCAUGAUUUGAGCCCGGUCCCGUCCAGUUCCCAGCAUCACCAUGUCCACCGGAUCUCUCAGCGACGUCGACGACGAGCUCUUGGACGGCAUUCUCAAGUUCGGCUCCUCCGGCAAGGACUCCAAUGAGAGCACGGAGGAGAGCUCCAACUGCGAAGGCAGCUUCGUCACGGAGGGCAGGAGGAAAGAGGCGUCCGACAAGAAGCGCAAGAGCUCGUCGCGCAAAAGCGCGCCUAAGGGUGUGGCGCAGCAGGAGGGCAAACAGGUGCAGAGGAACGCGGCCAACGCGCGCGAGAGAGCCAGGAUGCGCGUGCUGUCCAAGGCGUUCUCGCGACUGAAGACCUCCUUGCCGUGGGUGCCGCCGGACACCAAGCUUUCCAAGCUGGACACGCUGCGCCUGGCGUCCAGCUACAUCGCGCAUCUCCGGCAGAUUCUGGCCAACGACAAGUAUGAAAACGGAUAUACGCACCCAGUCAACCUGACGUGGCCCUUCAUGGUCGCAGGGAAACCGGAGACUGAUCUGAAGGAGAUGCUGAACGGGACUCGGUUGUGCGGAACAACCGCGUCCUGAUGCGACGAAGUGGGAAAAGCUUCUCUCUCUCUCUCUCUCUCUCUCUCUCUCUCUCUCUCUCUCUCUCUCUCUCUCUCUCUCUCUCUCUCUCUCUCUCUCUUGCUCUCUCUUUCUCUCUUUCUCUCAAAAGACAGAAAAAAAACAUUCAAGUUUGACUAGAAUACAGUCUCAUCUCCGCAGGCUGUGAGUGGGAAUAAAAGAGGGAGCGCAUCCUCUCUGCCUCUCUCUCUCUCGACGUUCCCGUAUUUGAAAAGAAGAUCAAUUUAUUUAAGUAGAUUCCUUCAUCUGCUAUCUUUGCUGGUUCAAAGAUAAUCUUUUUUUAUACUUUUUUUGUACUUUGUUAUAAUCUGCAGGUGUUUUUUCCCCUGUCUUAAAUUUUUGUACAGAUUGCAUGUAUAUAAAA